CGCGCGCGCGGACCCGUUGUCGUCCGGGAGACGCAGGACGCCAACCUCGGCGCGUUCCGAAGCCACGGGCUCGAUUUUUCUAGGGGCUUCGUGGUUUGUGUGACCACAAUGGACAAUGUAUACAGCGGUGAUCUGGUUCCUAGCACGCUUCCCAAGAUCAAGAGCUCCAAAGAAUGGCUGGAGCCGCAGACGCUUUCCUUUAUGGAGUCCUUAGCUAAAGAAGACACAGAUGCAGCCAUUCAGUCGAUACUGUACAGAGAAAACUAUAUGAUUAAGGAACUAGACAAGUAUUUACAGCAUUAUGACUUCUUAAAGGCAAGAAAGAAAGAGAUGUUACAUAAAAGAUGGGUCGACAACGUGGCAGAUCCUCUCCAGAAGAAAAUCUUAGAAAACAUUGGUUCACAUAAGAAGAUUAAAAAAAGGAGACAAGAGGAACUAGAUAGUUUCUUAAAAUAUGUAAAUAAGAAGGGAAAUGCGUUUAUAGAACAUUACGAUCCAAAAGAGUAUGAUCCUUUUUAUAUGAGCAGAAAGGACCCCAGUUUUCUGAAGGUUACCAUGCCACCAUUUCAUGAUCCUUUGAAAAAAGCACAAUGUGAUAAGGAUGAUGAGAAAAGAACUCUUCUUCAGUGUGAGACAGGCAAAAUAUAUACCAUGAAAGAGUUUAAAGAGGUUGAAAAGGCCCAGCUGCAUUCCAGAUUCCCAAGGAUUUCCACUUCCAGGCACUUUAUGACUCCAAAUGAAUGGCUUAAAUUACCUACAAGAUACAUUGAAAGUGAAUUUUGUAAAAGGAGCAGGUUAAAAGUGAAAGUGAAUUUCAAUGAAAGUAGUUUUGAUUUGAGAUCCUUGGCAAGAACUCCUCAUCUUCUGGAAUCCCAGGAAAAAGAAAAAGAAGUUAUUUACAAAAGCCAAGGGCCAUCCUUUCUGGAAAAAGAACCCGUGUAUCAUCAGGAAGGAAAGAAUCCAAGUCUCAAAGAGGCCAACUCUGAAGGGCACUUUUCUUCCUGGAACCUCAGCCAGGAGGUGAAAAGGGAUGGAGACCAGGAUACGGUGUUAGCAACCACGGAGCACACAUCCUGACCCUUGGCUGGUGGAAGGGGACACGAAGGAGGCUGCCUCAGAGGACAUCCUCUGUCUACAGGGUGAGGACCAAGGAAGCACUCAGGAAUGGUUCUGUUGCCAAGAAAAGUGCCUGCAAUAAACUUGCUUUAAUCUUUGAGUUCAGUGCCUGUGAUAAUUAAGAAAUGGCAAUACUAAGU